AUGACUCAACACGGGAAAUAUACUGUCCUUACGAAUGAUCACAUUCCUGUGUCGGUAUCAGUAGCUGAUAGUUUAAUUGAGCGGGUGCGUUGCUUUGUAAAUGACGAUCCAAAGAUGCCACUUACGGAUGUGCUUAAUUACAUUGGUGAUGUAUCGGGUAAGAUUCAGCAGUACAAUGUCAAAAAAUAUAUAUCACUUCUACAAAAAAUCAUCAACGAUCAUGGUCUGACAGGUAUGAACAUUCCAGGAGUCAAUCUUGGCAAGACCUACAAGAUGUCCAAUGUGAAGAGUUGGAUCGAAGAAUAUGCCAGCUUCUUCGACUUUUACCGCAGUCUUGGUUUUGGUGAACAAACGUGUGAUUAUGGGAAACUGAAUCAGCAGCUUGACCAGGUACCAGUCUCCGGCUUCAAUUCUGGUCGAUAA